AUGGUCAAGAUUACCUCAAUAAUAGGGGUCCUUAUGGGUGGUGCAUCGGCCACAGCCAUCGCGACCUCCAUCCAAACUCGAUCCUCAGCUGCUGCUGCUCUCUCCUCGCUGGGAGUUCCACUCCCAGCUGGCGACGUCCUCGUGGGAAAUGCCGGCUACACCUGUAGCCUUUUGAAUCGCGUCUUUUCGAAGAACGAGACCUUCACAGCGACCUCGCCUUACUAUGACGUUUUGAUCGACGAAGCCAGGUCGCAAAAUUGCCGAUUGAAUGCAUCCUGCGUUGUGACGCCUGAUUCGGCCCAAGAGGUCUCACGCCUGCUGCAGAUUCUUGGAAUUCUAGAGACUAAGUUUCCCAUUCGCUCUGGUGGACAUAAUACUAACCCGGGAUUCAGUUCAAUCGAUCACCAUGGAGGGUUGAUCGUUCUGGGGAAGUUGAAUAUCAUGUCAAUAAGCGCCGAUCGCGGAACUGUGAUAAUCGGCCCUGGUAAUAAAUGGGGGGCUGUAUAUAAGUACCUCCAGCCGUAUAAUGUCACAGUCUUGGGUGGUCGUGAAGUGGAUGUGAGCGUUGGCGGGGGCCUCAGCGCCUUCCACAACACCCACAUAUUGGCUAUUGACAGUGUCACCCGAUUUCAGGUAGUUCUUCCCAAUGGAAAGAUUGUCGACGCCACCGAAACCGAGCAUGCCGAUCUAUACAAAGGACUCAAGGGGGGUCUGAAUAACUUCGGCAUUGUGACUGAAUACGACCUCACCACCGGCAUUGAUAUCUACUAUGAAUUAAAAACCUAUACCGUCUCCAACACACCCGCCGUGCUUGAGGCCUACGCAAAAUAUCUUUUGGAUGCCGACAUCAACAGCAACGUGGAAAUCCAGAUCAACCCUACUUACACUUUGGUUUUCUACGGGCAUUUGGGUCAUGUACCUACACCCGCAGCCUUUGGUCCAUUCUCUGGCAUACCUGUCGCCUCGACAGUGUACCCAGCGACAAACGGCUCGCUCAGUGAGCUUCUCCUCACGAUUGGCUCUCCCGGACUGACUUCCGAUGGCGUAUCCUACGGCGGUACGUUCACGUUUGAGGUAACAGGGCCGAAAUUCCUACGAAACACCUUCUCAGCCUAUCUCGAGGCCGCUGCCUCUCUGCCCUCCGGUGCGUCGCAGAACGGAGGGAAUCUGCUCGGUCUGGAGGCAACUACCCAAAUUCGGGCGAACAUAUUCGUUCAAUUCCCAGAAACACUCAGCCAAUCGGUGGUUACGGGUACCGAAGACUCAGUGUUGGCCAAUCUCAUCUCCAGCGCACAGUCACAGGGUCUUUUCCUCCCCUACAUCUUUGUCAACGACGGGAGUCCCAACCAGAAGCCGUUGCAGUCUUUUGGGGAAAAGAAUAUCAAGUAUAUUGACAUAGUGGCGAAAAAGUAUGACCCCAAAAGAAUCAUGCAGAAUCUGCAAAAUCUAGCAUAUUUUGUUUCGAAUGAGUUGUAA